UUUUGGUCCUGAGCAGUUAGCAGGGCAAUAUUGACUCCUCAACAAAACGCGGAGAAUCUGCAAAGCUUCUUUUCAAAACCUCUUCCCUUACAUCUUCCGCCAAGUCAACAUGAUGUGGCUCAACAGGCGCAGGCACAACAUUAAUACUCUGCAACUACCUACAAAACAGGGAGGACUAGGACAAAAGUUGUUGGCAGUCAUCAUGUCGAGCGCUUCGUUGAAGGAGAUGAGGAACGGUGGUGAGGAUUAUAGCAAUGGUCAUGGUGGUGGUGGUGUGAGGGACUUGUAUGGAGAGGAUUGUGCCACUGAGGACCAGCUUAUCACUCCAUGGACUUUCUCUGUGGCCAGUGGAUGCAGUUUACUGAGAGAUCCACGCUACAACAAAGGGCUGGCCUUUACCGAGGGAGAGAGAGAUGCUCAUUACUUGCGUGGCCUUUUGCCUCCAGCUAUCUUCAAUCAAGAACUUCAGGAAAAGAGGUUGAUGCACAAUCUUCGCCAGUAUGAGGUUCCUCUGCAUAGGUACAUGGCAAUGAUGGAUCUUCAGGAGAGAAAUGAAAGGCUGUUUUACAAGCUUCUGAUCAAUAAUGUUGAGGAACUGCUUCCUGUUGUUUACACUCCAACGGUUGGAGAAGCAUGCCAGAAAUACGGAAGCAUUUUUAGGCGUCCUCAGGGUCUAUAUAUAAGUUUGAAGGAGAAAGGCAAGAUCCUUGAAGUACUGAAAAACUGGCCAGAAAAGAGUAUUCAAGUUAUUGUUGUGACUGAUGGUGAGCGCAUAUUAGGACUUGGAGAUCUUGGUUGCCAGGGAAUGGGAAUUCCUGUUGGGAAACUUUCUCUUUAUACAGCUUUAGGAGGUGUCCGCCCGUCAUCUUGCUUGCCAAUAACCAUUGAUGUUGGCACAAACAAUGAGAAGUUGCUGAAUGAUGAGUUCUACAUUGGGCUUAAACAAAAGCGGGCAACUGGGCAGGAAUAUGCAGAGCUUCUAGAGGAGUUCAUGCACGCAGUUAAGCAGAACUAUGGGGAGAAAGUUCUCAUACAGUUUGAGGAUUUCGCCAAUCAUAAUGCAUUUGAUCUGCUGGAAAAAUACAGCUCAUCUCAUCUUGUUUUUAAUGAUGAUAUACAGGGUACAGCAUCUGUGGUAUUAGCAGGAUUGCUUGCAUCCCUGAAAUUAGUUGGUGGAACCUUAGUUGACCAUACCUUCUUAUUCCUGGGUGCUGGAGAGGCUGGAACUGGUAUAGCUGAGCUGAUAGCUCUUGAGAUUUCAAAGCAGACUAAAGCUCCAGUGGAAGAGACCCGCAAGAAGAUCUGGCUCGUGGACUCAAAGGUAAAAAUGCCGGGCUGGUUCUAUAGCUACUUUACCUUCUAUAGUUUUUUCUUCCCUAACCUCCAUAACAAACUUGUUCUGUUCCAGGGACUUAUUGUUAGCUCUCGUUUGGAAUCACUUCAGCAGUUCAAAAAGCCUUGGGCCCAUGAGCAUGAACCUGUUAAGAGUCUUCUGGAUGCUGUCAAGGCAAUCAAGCCAACCGUUUUGAUUGGAUCAUCUGGAGCAGGGAAGACAUUUACUAAGGAGGUGGUUGAAACCAUGGCAUCCUUGAAUGAGAAACCACUUAUUCUUGCUCUCUCCAACCCAACUUCACAAUCUGAGUGCACAGCUGAAGAAGCUUAUACAUGGAGCAAGGGUAAAGCAAUCUUUGCUAGUGGAAGCCCAUUUGAUCCUGUUGAAUAUGAAGGAAAACUUUUUGUUCCUGGACAGGCUAACAAUGCUUACAUAUUUCCUGGUUUUGGCUUGGGUUUGAUCAUCUCUGGUGCAAUUCGUGUGCGUGAUGAGAUGCUCUUGGCAGCCUCUGAAGCUUUGGCUGCACAAGUAUCACAGGAAAACUAUGAUAAGGGACUGAUUUACCCUCCAUUCUCAAACAUCAGAAAGAUAUCAGCCCACAUUGCUGCUAAAGUCGCGGCUAAGGCAUAUGAUCUUGGUCUGGCUUCUCAUCUGCCUCGACCUAAGGAUCUUGUCAAAUAUGCAGAAAGUUGCAUGUACAGCCCAGGCUACCGAAGCUACCGUUGAGUUUUUUGAAUAUUGUGAGGUCUACACCCUACAGUGAUACACAAUGAGAUUCUUCUUAGGAGCAGAUUUAUUUUAUUGCUUGUUAGCUUUGUUGUAUAAGGCCAAUAUGAACUUUGAAAAGUUGCUUAUUCUUUCAAGGUUUUUAUUUGUAUUAAGGAGGAAUAUUAUUAUUUAUAUUUAAAUUCCAAUUUAUUCUGAACGAAAUAUGAUUUUUGUAGUA